AUGAGUAUUAGUGCACCUAAAAAGGAAAAUUUAGAAUUAUCACAAGAAGAAAAGAAAAAUAGUGAAGGUGAAGCAAGUCCGCUGUUGAUUAGCGAAAACAACAAUACAAGUGUCCCGCCCGCAAUAAUAAAUAGAAAUAAAAGUGAUAAAAUCACAAUGUCAAAUAGUUUUAUUGGAUUUAUAGAACCAUUUGUUCCCGGUGGCGAUUUCCCUGGAUACAAGGACAGAAUGGAUCAAUUUUUUAUAUGUAACAAAGUUUCCAAUGAACUUAAAGCACCUCUAUUCAUCACCAUGUGCGGAGCCGAAGUUUAUGAGCUGUGCAAGAAGCUAACAACACCUCAAUUGCCGAGUCAGAAAACAUACGGGGAAUUGAUGAAAAUCCUAAGCGAAUAUUAUCAACCGAAAAGGAAUAAGCGUUCGGAGAGGUACAAGUUUUUUAAUGCCAUGCAAGAAGAAGGUGAGACAAUUUCUGAUUAUAUUGUGAGGUUAAAAUUCUUAUCGCAAGAAUGUGAGUUUGGUGAUUUUAUUACAAAUGAACAUGCUAAAGAUGUUGCUUAUUUACAACAAAAGCACCUAAAUGAGGAAUUAUUAGAUCAGCUAAUAAGAGGCCUUAGAAGUGAAAGAAUUCAACAGAAAUUAAUGGAUGACCUAACCUCAAAUUUUGACAAAGCAUGUGAAAUUGCACUGCAGUUAGAGUUAACCAAACAAGGUCAAAUCGAAAUGCGUUCGAAUACAGUAAAUAGUCUAAAAAAUGAAAGUAACGGAAACAGAGAGAAACAUUCGUCACAAAAGAAGUCUGAUUGGAAGCAUAAAAAUCAAAAAAUACCACAGAAGUCUAAAAAGCCAUCUGAUGAAAUUUCAGUACAAAAGUUCAACAAAUGUAAACGAUGUGGAAGAAAGCACGACGAGAAGAAGUGUCCCGCGGUCAACUGGGAAUGUUUUAAAUGCAAACGUAAAGGUCACACUUCAUCAGUCUGUACAUCUGAGUCGAUCAAAGUCAUCAACAACAUCCACGGUGCCAGUGAAGCUUGCUACGUUACUGUCAACGUCAACAAAAUCAUUAUCGAAAUGGAAGUGGAUAGUCAGAAAAUAUUAGAAUGUGGAUCAUUCAUUGCUGAAGUGUGCCAUCGGAAUGUUGUUGUCAGUCUAAAAAUGUCAGUCGUCAAUAUUGGAAAAAGGUUCAAGCCACUAAUGGGCAGACCAUGGUUGGAUAAAUUAUUUAGUGGUUGGCGUAAAAGGUUUGAAACCAAUAUAAUUAGCUUGAUCGAACAUAAUGAUAUAUUUGAUAAUAUUAGAAGCAGAUAUCCGAAUAUAGUCGAUGAAAAAAUGAAUGAGGUUAUUAGAAACUUUGAGGUGGAUUUAGUUUUACAAGAAAAUAAGACACCAGUUUUUCAUGCCGCGUAUACUGUUCCAUUUAAAUUGCGUGAAAAGGUCGGUCAAGAACUUGAGCGUUUGUGUAAAGAAGAAAUUUUAGAACCUGUUCAAUAUAGCCAAUGGGCAAGUCCCGUUGUAAUUGUUGCGAAACCGAACGGGGAAAUAAGGAUUUGUCUCGAUGGAAAAGCAUCGCUAAAUAAAUGUCUCGAAUUUGCUCAUUAUCCUUUACCUUUGGUAGAAGAUAUAUUCGCGGAAUUCGCAAACUGCAAGUAUUUUUCGGUUAUAGACUUAAAGGGUGCAUACCAACAAUUGAAAUUAUCCAAUUACUCUAAAAAAAUUCUGGUUGUUAAUACCCAAAAUGGUUUGUAUGCUUACAAGAGAUUAACCUUUGGAGUAAACUGCGCUGCAUCUAUAUUUCAAUCUGUUAUGGACCAAAUUUUAAAUGGUUUGCAAUUCGUUAGAGCCUUUCAGGACGAUAUAAUUAUUGGAGGCUUAAAUCAACAACAAGCCAUUGAAAAUGUUUACAGAGUCUGCGAUCGUCUGUCAAAAUUCAAUGUUAAAAUUAAUAUUGAAAAAUGUCGUUUCUUAAAAACAUCUGUUGAGUAUUUGGGUCAUUGCUUAACAGAUGGUGGGGUCAAACCGAAUCCAAAUAGAGUCAAGGCCAUUCAUCAAACCUCUGAAAACAAACACACCAACAAAGGCAGCACUUCAAAAUCUGAACAGCCUCUCUUGAAUAACUUGUCUCCAUCUUCGCCUAUCAUCGUAUCGCCUAAUGAGAAUCGCACUGUACUCACUGUGUUAAGCUCUAAUGCUGAUGGCUCCAAUAAAGUAGUGCAAGCGAAGACGAAGUUGACGUCAGUGUCGGCGUCGGAGCCAAUUGCUGCUGCGUCUACGAAUACAACUAACGCACCUGUUGGUAAUGUUGGAUAUACAAAGAAUAUUGGACUUUCUGCUGUAGGUUGCCGUCUGAACAGCAACUGA